AUGGCUUCAACCGACAUCCUGACUUUCUCUUCGACUCCGCCGAGGCAGUUUGGGACUUGUAACAUGUCUUCAUCUCCUGCAUUACCAUCACCGAGUAAUCUAUUCAUGAAAAAGCCUCAAAUAUUACGCACUGGCAGCCGGGCAGCACCAAUUCCUCAAAAUCCGACAGCGUCCUUUACGAGUGCAGCGGCGCUUUUCCAGAAGGCCUCGGACAAUCUACAAGGCGCGGAUACCAUUCAACCCUUGACGUUAGCCUCUGUGGAUAUAUAUGAUAUCGACUCUACGGAACCUACGAAGUCUUUAAAGCUCAGGACGAAGAAAGUUGUGGCGAAGAAGGACGAUCCCAGCAAUGACAAGGUGGCGAAGCCAACGCGAAAAUCUGCUGCAAAGAAAGACGAGGGAGAGGAAGUAAAGAAACCGCGCAAGCCACGAGCAAAUAAAAGUGGAGGUGAUCUUGCGGAAAAUGGGGAGGUGAAGAAAGCCCCGAGGAAAUCUCGCGCGAAAAAGGUAGAUGUGGAUGAAAAUGGGGAUGUCCUGGUGAAAGAGAAAACAGUGAGACAGCCGAGGGCGAAAAAGGUAGAUGGAGAUACUCAGACGAAAAUAUCGAAGGGCAAAGUCACAAAGGGCUCGAAGGCGGAAGCGCCCUCGAAAGUUAAGGUUAAAUCUAUAGAUUCAGCUGCGGAGUCCCUUGAUUUUGGAUUGGUUGAAGCCGUGAAGAGACGGACUGCCUGGACUCCGCCACGACCGACUUCCCUGUCUUCAAUAAUGCCAGUUUCUGUGGAUACUCCUGAUACUCCUAGGGGAGGACUUGGUUUACUGGAAUCGGAAGAGAAGACAACAGGGUUCAAAGACCUUCUUGAGAGCUUUGGGUUUACAAAUAGCGACGCACAUCCCAAUGAAAGGAAGGCUCCCGAUGGGGCUGGUACCAGGAAGCGAAAGCUUAUUGAGCUGGCAAACACAAACGUUGGAGACGCCGCAGUAGUAGCAGUGGCGCCCAAACCAAAGGGCCCAAAGAAAAAGGCAAGGACUAUCACAGACCAAGCUACAUCUGCAUAUAGAGAAGAUGAAGCAGAUUUACCUUCACCACCCGCAGCACCUGCACCACUGCUGCAAUACUUUACCUACAAGGAUUCUGCCAAUAAUGACGGCUUUAAAAUCCCAGCGAAACCUCGAGCUAAAAGUCCAGUCAAAAGGGGGUCGAAACCUAAGAAAGGAAGUGCCCAAGCCCCAAUUCUACUUUCGCCAGAAUCAGCUUUAAAACAAGUCGGCAAUCAGGAUUUCGUAUUCGGAACUUCAAGUCAGCUUGCGCGGGAGGAGUCUCCAACAUUCCUUAGAGAUUUACACGAGGCUAUUCAAGCUUCAAAUCAGAUCGAGGAUGAUCCAUUUUCUGAUAUACUUGACAGUUCUUCGCCUUUACCAGUCUUUUCAAGCCGAGGAAAGGCUCUUGCGUCAGCAAAACGAACCCUGUGGUCUGCUGGGGCCCGUGAUACGAGUGGUGAUCUGUUGGAUGUAGAAAUGAUUGAUAUGGUAGACUCGCCAGCCGUCGCAAGAAUGCUCAAGGUCUCUGCUAUGCAGCCCAACGCCACUUCAUUACCCAGUCAUACGGAUGACUGGCUUGAUGUUGAGGAAAUAAGCAAGUCGACACUAGCAUCUACAAUGGACCAGAUGCCGCCAACGAAUGUUGGGCCUAUCGAGACGGCAAUCAGAGAAGAAUUAUUGAGCAGUCCUUUGAGAAACUCAAUGCAGAAGCAAAAUUCUCCAAGACCUUCGAAGGUCUCCAAGAAGCCCAAGGUUCCGGGACCAAGCCAAUCAUCAACAAUUCCACAAGCAUCGCAAGCUCCCAAACGGCCUGACUAUGAUUCCUACUCUACAGCACAGCUGAUGAAAGAGAUUGCAUCUUAUCGAUUCAAACCUAUCAAAAACCGUGACCAGAUGCUAACAUUACUCGAGAAGUGUUGGGAAGGAAAGAAUAGGGUCGCAUUGGGUGUUUUGGGAACCAAUAAGAUUCUGUCAACAUCUCCUGUCAAAGAUUCAAGUUCAGCGAAAGCACCACCCGCUUCAAGCCAAAACACCUCCCCAAAGCGACCUCGAGGAAGGCCAAGGAAGGACAGUGCCGCAAGCCCAGAAGCAUCUCCAGCAAAACCAAAGACGAAAGCGAAAGUUGGCCGGCCGAAGAAAACGGAGACGGUUGAAUUUUUAGAAUUUGACAGCGAUACCCCUUUGUCACAAAUUCGUACGCCCAAAAAGUCACAGAAGAAAGCCAAGAAGUUGGUUGAUGAAAUCUCUGAUUCCGAUACUCCGAUGACCCCUUCUCCACCUCGACGUCGCGCCUCUCAACUUGGAUCAUCGCCCUUGCCGUUGCGACUCUUGAACCCGGCCGAAGAAGAAAUGGCGGAAACGACUCCGGCUGAGCUGCAAACAUUCCUCUUCUCCCACAUCACGAAAGCAGUCACCAGCCUUCCACCGUCUACGGAUCCCUUGAAGCCGAAUUGGCAAGAGAAGAUCCUUCUCUACGACCCUAUCGUCCUUGAGGACUUGACGCUAUGGCUGAACACUGGGGCAUUGGAUAAGGUUGGCUGGGAUGGCGAGGUGCUAGCCAAGGAAGUGAAGAAAUGGUGUGAGAGUAAGAGUGUUUGCUGUCUGUGGAGAGAGAAUCUGAGGGGUGGUUCGCGAUGUCGUUAUUGA